AUGGCAGCAGCUGCCGGAAGCGACAGGUCCAGGGACCUGCGGGGCGUGGACCUCGCACCGAUGGAUUUGGACCUGCAACUGGGGAGCGCCGCGGAUGCUUUGCUUGCAGCCUCUGGCCAGGCCUUUAGCAGCACUGAAGAUGCCAGGAAAGGCUGGACCAAGAAGGAGCAGAACGCCAUGAAGAAACGACGGCUCGAAGCGGAACUCCGCUCCCUGGAGAUGCAGCAGCGGCAGCACCAGACCCGGGCAAACGCCUUUCUCAAGGAGGAGGCACGCGAGAAGCUUGUGACUGAUGACUUGCUACAGCUGCAGGACAUCCCUGCAGCUUUUGAAGACUACAACAGGGACCCGACCUUUGCACAAGUAGGGAUUCGGGCUUAG